GAUUUUUAUUUUCUUUUGUAUGGCCCAUAAUUUUGACGCUAAAAUGGAUUUUGGAGAAUCUCGACCGCUUGUUGGCUCUUUGAAGCAUCCAUUCAUUGUUUUGGCUCAUUUGGGCUUUCGUUUUGGGGCAAUUGUUUUUUAUGUUCUCGCAAAUUUCUUCUCGACUUCUUUUAUAAUCCAAUUCUUAGUUUUGUUAUUCUUUCAUUCCGUUGACCUUUGGACUGUCAAGAAUAUAACUGGAAGAUAUCUUGUUGGCCAUCGUUGGUGGAAUUUGGUUGAUUCUGAAGGGAAAAACCAUUGGCGAUUUGAAAUUACUCAGCAGCCAGAUAAAUAUGAUCCAUUUGAACGACAAAUAUUUUGGGCUGCUCUAGUCACAGUACCACUUUUUUGGGUUCUUUUAGUAUGUACUGCUUUUCUCACAUUACAAUGGCAAUGGAUGAUGAUUGCAACAAUUGGGGCUGGAAUGACAUUAACUAAUUUAUAUGGAUAUUUGCGUUGUAAAUGGAAUAAUACACAAGAAAUGACAAAUUAUUUUACAAAAUGGGCAUUCUUUUCUAUGUUGAAGAGACAACAACAGGCAAAACCAACUGUCCCUCAAAAUGGACAGCCAACUCGCCCAGCAGAAAUUGUUUAA